AUGAAGCGAGUAAGAGUUAAAGCCGAGAAUACAGUGCCUGACAUAAAGCGUUCCAGAACUUUAAAAGAUAUUCACAUAGAGGUUGAAAUAGAUGAGGAGGAAAUACCAGUGAAUGUGUUUCUGUCAGUCACUGAGAAUGAUCUCCGAGAUCUUGAAAACGUUAAGACCCCAUUGAAUUGGGAUAGGAUCUAUAAUGAAGUGGUGGAUAUGAGAAGCCAGUUUAUGGCACCUGUGGAUACUCUUGGAUGUGAACGAAUGCCCAAUACCCUUGUGCCUGGAUUAAAGACAUCUAACCCCAAAGUGUAUCGAUUCCAAUUAUUAAUAUCACUCAUGCUAUCGUCCCAAACUAAAGAUGAAGUUAAUUUCGAAGCUAUGAAACAACUACAUACUUAUUUACAAAGUGCUGGGUUCUCUGAUGGGUUGUGUUUGCCAGGAAUCCAGCUGUUAACCAUUUCAGAGAUUGAUAAAUUAAUUUGUAAAGUUGGAUUCCAUAAUCGUAAAGCAAGUUAUAUCAAACAAGCAACAGACCUAGUGGUAACACAGUUCAAUGGUGAUAUACCAAACACUCUACAGGAUCUUGUUUCAUUACCUGGAGUAGGACCUAAAAUGGCUCAUUUAAUUUUGCAGGCAGCAUGGAAUAUAACUGAUGGUAUUGGGAUCGAUGUUCAUCUACAUAGGUUAGCCAAUCAAUGGAAAUGGACUGGAACUAAAGCCACCCUCACACCGGAAAAGACACGUCAAGAGCUUGAAAAGUGGUUACCUCGUCGUUUAUGGCAAGAAAUCAAUCCAUUACUAGUAGGGUUUGGACAAGCUGUAUGUGUUCAACAGAAGCCUAACUGUGAUGUAUGUCUGUUAGCAUACAACGGACUUUGUGCAUCCCGGAACAAGAAAUUGGUUCCCAAGCAAGACCAGCAAAUCUCUCCACAAAGAAUAGGGAAAAUAACAAACCAAAGGGCAGAUCUUUCAAAGUUACUAGCAAGAUAUCAUCGGGAAACGGGUUGA